UAUAAAUAAAUAAGAUUUCUUUUGCCUUAUUUUUUGUCGAAGGUGAGGGUCAGCCAAUGCAGAGCAGGUGAGGGAUGGUCAGGAUUCAGUGUGAACAGGGAAAAUGCUUCAGAUGUUUGAACACAGGCUCUGGUUGAAGGAUUGUUCUUCUAAUCAUUACUCCAAACUGUUGCCAAAAAAUGGUUAUUAACAGAAGAAAAUGAAUAGUUUUUUAACAGUGAAAUCAAUGUCUUGUUUCUCUCUUUCCUUUACACACUGAUGUUUGAUCAUCGUUUUGCAUCAUUUUGCUUUUUGCUACCAUUUGACCAUAAUUGUUUAACCUGUGACCUGUAUUAUGUCCUUUGUUCGUGACUCUGGGUGUGGCAGAUGCUGAGCUUUCAUCAGGUAUCUGUCAAUCAAUCUCGUUAAAAGCGAGCUUAUUAAACCUGUUGGAGCCUGUUGGAGCAUGAGCGGAGCAUACCAGACUCAAAGUGAAAGUAAAGGCUGGUAAAAGCCUAUAAAAAGCGAGGACAAGAUUUCCUCCCAUCAUUUUCUCUGCCAGGAUGGAUCUGAAAGUUGUGUUCGUGAUUGUGUGUCUGUGUGCUUUGGCCAUCACCACCACUGACGCUGGCAUCCCAAAAUGCUGUGUCAAGGCAAGAAGGAUCAUUCCUAUACGAAUCCUGAAGAAGGUUCAAAGAACGGAGGUGCAGAAAAGCAACGGUGCCUGUGACGUUUCUGCACUGAUACUUUACGUAGAGGGCAUGGCUAAGCCCAUAUGUGCUCAUCCCAAGGUGGAGAGACAUCUGACAUGGAUUCAGCGGCAGAUGACACAGAACAAGCGCAGAGCAACUUACUGAGUUGUGGAGUAAAAAAGAAAGUCUUUCCCUUUGAUAUUUGAUAUUUGUUACCAGGGUUUCCACAGUUGGUGUU